UUUCUGUCAAAUUUGCUUUGCUAAGUUCCUAGUUUUGUGAAUAAAUAAAUUGGGAUAGAAAAGGAUUGUAUUAAAAUACUAAUACAGAUUUCUAGGUCCCUGGUUUCUCUAUAAUCAAACAUGGCUUUAAAACCAACCACGUGCAAGGAGGCCAUUGCGCGGUGGGAAAAGGAGAAGGGGGAGACCGCUGCGGAUGCUAAGGUAGUCGAGCUGCAGUUCCAAUGGCCGCCGAUAGAGAAGAUGGACGGUGCACUCUCCACGCUUGUUAGUUGCGAGAAGCUCAGCCUAUCUUCAAAUAUGAUCGACAAAGUGGUAGGUAUUGCUGGCAUGAGAAACUUGAAGAUUUUGUCAUUGGGAAGAAAUUACAUUAAAUCUUUUGCUGGCUUAGAAACAGUCGCUGAAACACUGGAAGAGUUGUGGAUAAGCUACAACCAAAUUGAUAAGAUGAAAGGCAUAGGAGUAAUGAAGAACUUACGUGUGCUCUACAUGUCCAAUAAUUUGAUCAAGGAAUGGGUCGAAUUUAACAGACUUCAAGAAUGCCCGGCACUGAGGGAUCUAGUUUUCAUUGGAAAUCCAAUCUGCGAAAACCAGCCGGAUGUCGAAACAUGGCGUAAUCAGGCGGCGAACCGGCUGUCACAAAUUACGAAACUGGAUGGCAUUCCUAUAGUUAGAGACACUGAAUAAAUUUUUACAUCCA